AUGAAGCGAAGGCUUCUUCUCCUCCUCAUCCUCGCGCUCCUGGGUCUCCAACAGAGCCGCUGCUUUGAGUUUGUGAUCGACGGAGAAUGGGAGGACGAAGUGUCAGAUCUUCGGGAUCAUGGUGACAGACACAAGAGAGCGGUAUUGACCAGCGAGGAGCAGGAAGACUUUGAGGCCAUCCGUGGAGAUGACAUCACCGUCAAGAGCUACAAGGUGGAGAGCCGGAUCACGUCGCGGUUCGCUCACACCACCGUCCGCAGCUCGGUGGUCAACUCAGGCUCCAAAGCCCAGACCAUCGGCUUCAACGUGCAGAUCCCCAAGCGAGCCUUCAUCACCAACUUCACCAUGAAUGUCAACGGCAUCACAUUCACAGGCUCAGUGAAGGAGAAGACUGUGGCCAGGAAUCUGUACGCCCAGGCCCGAGCUAAAGGGAAGGCCGCUGGCAUCGUCAGGGCUAACUCUCAAGAAAUGGAGACGUUUAAGACAGAGGUACACGUCCCCCCCGGAAGCAACAUCGAGUUUGAGCUGCACUACCAGGAGAUGAUGCAGAGGAGGCUAGGAUUCUACGAGCACUUGCUGCACCUGCAGCCUGGAAGACUGGUGCCUCAGUUCCAGGUGGAUGUUUACAUCUUUGAGCCAAAGGGAAUCGCCAUGCUGGAAACGUCAAACAGCCUCGGCGAGAAGUUUUCCAACCGGGUCACAGUGACGCAGUCCCCGGGGAAGGGCCACGUGCUCUUCAAGCCAACCCUGCAGCAGCAGAGGAAGUGUGAAAACUGCACCGAAAGUGCCAUCGACGGAACCUUGAGCGUCAAAUAUGACGUGAAGCGGGACAGCAAUGCCGGCGAGCUGCAGGUCUCAGACGGGCACUUUGUCCACUUCUUCGCCCCAUCCAACAUGUCUCCGCUCCCCAAAAACAUUGUGUUUGUCAUCGACGUCAGUGGGUCCAUGUGGGGGGUCAAGAUGAAGCAGACAGUUGAGGCCAUGCAAGCCAUCUUGGAUGACCUCACCAUUGACGACCAGUUCAGCAUCAUCGACUUCAACCACAAUGUGCGAUGCUGGAGCGAAGACCUGGUCCCCGGAUCCACCGUACAAAUCGCAGACGCCAAGAAGUACAUCCAGAACAUCAAACCGGUUGGAGGCACCAACAUCAAUGAAGCGCUGAUGAAAGCAGUGCAGAUCCUGGUGAGGGCAUCCAAUCAGGGCCUCAUCGACCUUAGAUCGGUCUCCAUGAUCAUUCUGGUGUCGGACGGUGACCCCACAGUGGGCGAGAUCAAGCUGAGCACCAUCCAGAAAAACGUGAAGAAGGUGAUGAGGGAGGACUUCUCGCUGUUCUCUUUGGGCAUUGGCUUCGACGUGGAUUACGACUUCUUGGAGCGCAUCGCCAUGGACAACCGGGGCAUCGCUCAGCGCAUUUUCGCUAACCACGAUGCAGCCGAGCAGCUACGCAUGUUCUACAGCCAGGUAUCCAAUCCGCUUCUGCGGAGGGUCACCGUCCAGUUUCCGGAGGACUCUGUGUCCGACGUCACACAGAACCAGUUCGACAAAUACUUUGGCGGCUCCGAGCUGGUGGUGGCCGGCAAGGUGAAGCCGUCCGAGAGCGACACGUUGACUAGUUUCACCACCGCGUCGGGAGCCCUGCUGGACAUCACCCUGGAGACAGAGGUGGACACUUCGGAACUGGACACAGAGCUGGCAAAGCAGCAGCACUCCUUCACGGGCUUCGCCAGGCAGUUGUGGGCCUACAUCACCAUCAAACAGUUGAUGAGUGAGAGGUCUUUGGCGCCAACCGCCGUCAAGAAGCGAAAGAUCACCCAGCGCAUUCUGGCGUUGGCCAUGGAGCAUCAGUUUGUCACUCCACUAACGGCUCUUCUGGUGGAGAGCGAGGACAGCAAGGAGAGGAUGCUGGCUGACUCCCCGAAGGACCCCAAGCAAGGCUGCUGCUCAGGAAACUCAAUGGGAGGCAUUACGAGGACUUUGCCUCCAGUGAAGGUCGUUUAUCAACCUCCGCCAUGGGUCCAGAUGACCACGGAGGCCCCACCCAGUCAAGUGGAAAAAGGCCCUGAGGAGUGGACGUUGCCAAAGCAGGUCAACUUAGUGGACAACGACCCUCACUUCAUCGUGCACCUGCCCCAAAGCAACACGGACGUCUGCUUCAACAUCGACUCCAAACCUGGUCACAUCCUCAACUUGGUGACUGACAGAGGCACAGGUGUGACGGUGAAUGGACAAUUAAUCAGCAACAAAAAAGUGCAAAAAGGAAAGCAGAACACCUACUUUGGGGUCAUCUCCGUCUACUACCAGCCUGAUGGCGUCAGCGUCGCCGUCAGCACCGACCACAUCGCCUUCACCGACGGCAAGAACAACCACACUUUCACCUGGGGCGCCACGGCGGACAUCAGGCAAAACGGCGUGAGGAUCUCCAUCGUGAAGGACUCGCAGGUCUCCAUCACCAUCAACCACAGCAUCAAAGUGAUGGUUCUGCUCCACCGCGUGUGGAAGAAACACCCGGUCAAUGUGGACUUCCUGGGUCUCUACCUCCCCAAUGACAACCAGUACUCGCCACUGGUCCACGGUCUCAUAGGUCAGUUCUCCCAAGAGCCCGAAGUAAUCAUUUACGACAUCCACGACGGCGCCGAUCCCCUAAAGAAGGAAGCCACCAUGGAGGUGAAGGGCAACAAACUGCAAGUCACCAGGGGCUGGCAGAAGGACUACAGGCAGGACAAGCGACGCGGCACCGACGUCAACUGCUGGUUCGUGCACAACAGCGGCAAAGGAUUCAUCGACGGCCACUACAGCGCCUACAUUGUGCCCGACCCCGACAGCUUCCUCUAAUUGAAAUAG